AGCGGCGCGUAUCGAAGUCCUAAAGAUGAGCCAGGGACAACCGCAGAGGCCCCAGGAAGGCGGGCUAGACCAGCCACCGGGACAACAAGGUGGCCCAGGUGGGCGUACAAGUCAAGGGCAAGAGCCAAUCAAAUAUGGUGAUGUUUUCAACGUCUCAGGGGACCUUGCAUCCAUGACUGUGGCACCAGAAGAUGCUAACAUGAUGCAGACCGCUGAAACGAUGGUUUUUGGGAAGACCCAGAAGGGUGGAGUAGCCGCUUCCAUGCAAGCUGCUGCAACCCAGAACGAGCGAUCCGGACUUGUUGGUCACCGCGACGCCACAGAUGCUGCGAGCGAUCGUGGCGUUUCUGUCACAGAGACUGAUCUCCUGGGAGCCCGCGUAAUCACUGAGAGAGUUGCUGGACAGGUGGUUGGACAAUAUGUGGAACCCACUCCAGUGCCGGGUAUGACAGCGGGAAGCGUCCAGAACGCCAUAACUAUAGGAGAAGCAUUGGAAGCCGCAGCGCAAACAGCAGGUAACAAGCCAGUAGAGCAGAGCGAUGCUGCGGCAAUUCAGGCAGCAGAGGUGAGAGCAACUGGUAGCAAUGUCAUUGUUCCAGGUGGUCUCGCAGCCGCAGCUCAAUCUGCGGCAUCUUACAAUGCGGGAAUAAGUAACACCGAUGACAAGAUUAAACUCACCGACGUUCUGACGGAUGCGACAUCGAAGUUGCCGGCAGAUAAGGUGGUGACAAGAGCUGAUGCAGAGAGGGUUGUGAGUGCGGAGCUGAGGAACAACCCCAAUCUGACAAUGCAUCCUGGUGGUGUUGCGUCGUCAUUGACUGCAGCUGCUAGGCUUAAUGAUAAUGUUGAUGUGUAAUAAAAACUAGUAGUAUUUUUUUUUCUUUUGGGGUCUAAAAAACUAGUAAUAGUUUGAGAUAUUUGUGAUUGUAUGCAACGCUCACAUAUGGAUGUAUGGUAUUGCUGUAAUUAUUAUAUGUUGCAGGUUUUGGGUGGUGUUCGGUGUUUCCCUGUUCCGAUCAAUGUUCUAGUAGCUUGUGGUAUCCUUGUUUUUGGGAUAGUGCCCUUAUUCUAAUCAUCUACCUUCG